ACGGUCUUGAACGUCUCUCGACCACAAAGAACCUCAUCCACAACAGAUCAAGUAUCCUCACUCAUGACGGCCUGCGAACAGCAUUCAUAACUUGGUGAUGAUGGAUCCGCCAUCCGCCACGCCGACGCAUUCUUCCAACAAAAGAGUUUCCCCUUCAUUACUUCCCGACAGAGACCACGUCGUCGAUGCCGACUCUUCUCACUCUCGCAAGCGACCUCGUUUGAGCCACGAGCUUGACACCCCACCAAUUACUGGCGAAGAGUUCGCAACCCCAUCUAGUCCACAGAGCAACUCCGCCGAAAGUCCACUCAUCUUUGAGGUCCCACAAGAAGAACCGACAGACAAAUCAGAAGUUGCCAUCAUCAUGACCGUCGACGAACAAACCGACGUGGGAAAUUUCACCACCUUUCCCUUCCGAGCUCCUGAUCGCAGAACCUGCGAACUCGCUGCCGCCGGCCUUGCGCAACAUUGUCAACGAGACACAGCUCCUAGUCUGGGUGCAUUUCAACAGCUAUCUGACUGGCUCGACAAACACCUGUCCGACACAGAGGCCGACUUCGAGGCGGCCUUACAACCCGAUUCCACAUCGACUGAGAUCUUCGGAUUGUACUCCGACCACACUGUAUUCUGGAAUGAUGUAUUGCGGUGUUUCCAAGGAUUGUCUAGACGCACAUAUCUCAACAAUGCACAAGAUUUCCGCGGCAGCACAGCAUUCGCCUUCUUCGAGAAAUUGCUGCAGAGUCUGCUACAGCUUGGCGAAAGGCUACUAUACACCGACUUAGCUGUGUUGAAGCAGCGCGAAGCUCGCAGAGACUCGACCAGCUCGUCUGACCACACUGACCCGCCUAAGCAUUAUCUGCUGUUUCUCUUUUGGGCAGACACCUACAUGGACGUUGUAGCCGGUUCAAAGGGUGGUCUCGAGCGCAUGGCUUCGAGAUUCGCCUUCAAUGCCCCGUCUUUGCGCAAAGGAUCUCUCCUCAAGUUUCAAGGUCGUGCGAUGGAUGCCAUCAUCACCAUCUUUGAACAGAUUGUGUCCAAACCAGAUAGCAUCGCUUCUCUUUUCGGUCUUGCUCAUCCUUAUAUGAUGAUCUGUCUUGCAGUCAUGCUUGACGACUCAACUCACGACAACACUUUGUUAAGUGAUCUUCCACGCAAGCUGGCGCGACUAUUCGAACUUGUCUGGACUCUGACCAUCGACAUAAUGCCCAAGCAGCGCCUUGACGGGUACUCACAGAGUAUCAUCGAGCAAUUGCAACCAUUUCUGGAGCAGACUUUGCGCUAUCUGUUUGCCAAGAAAUGUCUCUCGGCUGCUACUGUCUACAGCAUGACUAUGGAACAUGUCAUGGAAUAUUCGAUCUACCGAAGAGACUUACUUGGCCCAGCGGAUGUCGAUCAGACGGGCUCUGUAGACGACAGUAAGGUUCAGGAUGAUCUUUGCACAGACCUGAAUGAAGAGGAUCUCCUACACGUGGCACGUAACGCGUGUGACUUCGAAUUUCUGAACGCGCUCAUGCACAGCAGCAGUAUGGAACUGCGCAAUCGAGCUCUGGACCGAUUCGGAGACUCAGCACGCAGGCUCUACUCAGACAAGGGGACACUGAGCUCAGAUCAGCAUGAACAGAUCAAGCAGUUCAUCAGAAAAUUCAUCCAGGCAAAGGACGUCCUAGGCUUUCUCUACGGAUCCCAAUCGCACGCCACCCUCAUUGGUAGAACUGGCCCUAUCCUUAUGAUCAUGAUUCAAUCACAAAGGCUCACCAAGAGUGAUGCCGACAUCCUCUGGACUACGUCCAUCAACACACAGCAACCGGACGAAUCCCAGACUGCCAUGCGUGUACUUCAAGGUCUCGUCCAACAUAUGCCUCUGUCUGUCAAGGAGUACUUCUGCAACAAAUUCAGAGACCUCGACCUCUCUCGACUCACGGGAAGCACGGAAAGACUCCUCAGAACGUUCUUGACGAAUCCUCUGAGAGAUUCUGUCGGCCGUAAUCUCAACUCGACACACAUAUGCAUCUCCUUGUUGGAUAAGAUCGAAGAUUCAGCGCUCUCCGUCAACAGGCAAAACUAUCUCUUGGCUCAAUUGGGAGACAUGCUCCUCAGCAUCCACUCUUCGGACGACGUCCAAGAGAACAUCCGCCUCGUCGAGAUCUGCGUGCAGCCCAUCGUAGCAUGCUCUACCAAGGCCACUGGCUAUGUGCAAGCACUUUCCUGUCUUUUAAGACAGACUGGCUUCCCUCUUGAACCGUGUGAGAUUCUCUCGCGGUUGUCAUUCCGACUAUGCGUAGAAGAACUCAAACACUUCCUGGGCCGAGCAAGAGAAGAAGCCACUCCACUUUCUGUCAAUGCGUUACGCUGCCGCUUGGAACUCGCCUUUCGCAUGCUGUCCAUAUCGAGCCCAUCCGACGAAAUUGUCGCUCUGGAGAAGGAAGUCUGGGACAACGUGCUCGGAAGUGGUGCAUCGAGUUCAACCGUACGAGAUGUCGGAUGGAGAUUCUUUGUCAAUCUCUUUCGCAAGAACGACUCCCAACUCGAGGCAUUUUAUCAAAGAUGUAUCACUCAGUAUCUACCCAAGCUCUCACCUGACUUUGCGAGUUACGAGAUGAUGCCGCUUUUCGAGCUCCAGGCCAAGAGACAGGAGUCGGAUCCCACUGUAUUGUUGCCACUAGGAGAGGUGCUGACCAGACUCGCGCUAUCUGUAUCGCAAGCAGAUGUCGCAAAUCGGUUCGGCGAUAUCCUGAUGAAUUCUUUAUUCAAGGACAAGGCUUUGGAACACCCAGAUCUAGCCGUCAGUGAACAGGUCAUGGUAGUCAAGAAAUGUGUCCUGAGAGUCAACCUUGGAGAGCCUUGGGGACUGCGGGCUUGCCAUAUGCUACUCGUCUUGCUGGGUCUCUCGAGAAAAUUCCACAUAACCCUCGAAUCAGCCAAAGGGACGCCUUCUAGCGGAGCUUCGGACAAAGGCGCGGAGCUUUCUCAAGACGACAUACAGAUUCCAAUUCGCGUCCUCAAGGGCAAUGCGCAGCCACAAAGCAAAGUCGUCACCCUCAACAAGUCGGCCAGUUGUUCAGACUUGGAUGCUGCCAUUGUCUCAGAGACUGGAUUUACGAAAUACACUGUUGUUUCCCAAGGGAAGAAGAUUGAUUUCGCUGAAUUACCAGAGAAGCCAAUCGCUCAGCUGGGCCUCCCUGAGGGUAACGUCCUCGUUGUCCAAAAGUACAACACACUGGAAAACAUCCAAGAAGAUCUCAACCAGAGUGUGGAGAAGCCAGCCGUCGAAACGGAGAUGCUGGCUCACCUGGAUACCCUCUAUGAUGUGCUCGGCGGCUCUAGUCCGGCCGCACACUCAAUGCUACAGAUCCUGAGUGGCCUCGGCUUCCCUGGUCCCAUCAGAGCCAUGAUCGCUUCCCCUAAGACGCCCUUUGAAAAGAUCUUUCCUCCAGAACCAUCACUGAGAUUGCGUGCGUCAGUGGAGGUCAUUGGCACUCAGUUGAGAGAACAGGUUGCGCUAGGCGUUGCUGACGAGACAUUUCUGCUUAGAGGGGUUCACUUACUCAUAGACCUCUUGCAUCGCAUUGAUAUCAUUCGAAACGCUCCGGACGCUGUACGUACAGCGGAUAUCCUCUUCACAUUGCUCAGAGAACGAACCCCUAGCGAGAUCGCCGAGAAGUACUUUAAGGACGCUGUCAAGUUCACGCAGCGUAUUUACUCGAUGAUUGAACAGUCCCAGCGCGACAUCGCGCUGACUGGUCGCGAUGGGUUCUCACAACUCGCGAUCUGCGCACUAUAUAAAUGUUUGUUGGAGAGCACGCUCUUACAUCAUUCCGUGUGCUCGGCAUUCUUCGAAGCGCAAAACAGCGCCACUGUUCACUUGGAUUUACUACUCACGAAGAGUAGCCGUGUUCGAGCUGCCAUUCCCAGUAUCAUCAUCAACACUGUCCAGGACGACAGAGCUUCACCACAGUUCAAGAAAUUUCUUGCCAGAAUGUUCAUCGACCGUCUCAUUCCAGCUGUCUUGAUGCAACCGGAAUCGUGCGACAAUGGGUUCUUGGUCGGUCUUACAGUGAUACGCGCCGAUCAAAGUCUCCCUGAAGAUGAAGCAUUGUUGCGAUCUAUGAUUGACGUUUUCUCAAAAGAGCUCCUUGAGCUGAAACACUUGGAGUGGUUCGGUGAUUGCUAUGCUGACACGAGGCUGCAAGGCUUGGUUUUGCUGCUCCGAUUCUGCGUAAGCGCCCUCAAAUCGCAAAGCAAGCCACUUGAUCUUGGCAAUCUUGCUUCACGGAUAUUCAAAUCACUGCUCUUUCCCAUUCUCAAACUCGACCAAGUAGUACAGCCUGUCAUCACCUCGAGCAUUCGUAGAGAAAUAUACGAUCUGCUCCUGUCAAUGUGCGAUAAUGGCCAAGCCGUAGAAGAUCUUGCGAAAAGCUGCGAGACUUUAGCUGGCUACAGCACUGUCGAUGAGGACUUCGUCUACCCUGGCCCCGAAAAAUACAUUCGUCAAGAAGGUAACUAUGCCGGUCUGGCUAACCUUGGUCAGACGUGCUACUUCAACGCUCUGAUGCAGCAGCUCUACAUGAAUGUUCAAUUCCGUAAGUUCAUCCUUGACACGCCAGUGGUCGAGUACAAGAAACAGAUGGUGCUUGCAGAAAUGAAGCUGGCAUUUGCCUCGAUGCAGGAUAGUUAUGAUAUUUUCUAUCAACCCGACGCUCUGACGGAAGCCCUGGGCAUCGAUUCCUCGUUGCAAGACGACGCGCAGAUCUUCUUCAUGGGAAUGAUUGACAAACUCGAGGAAAGUAUGCCCGAUGAAGAGGCAAAGGCUACGUUGAAGCGUUUUUUCCAUGGCGUCAACAAAUCACAGACUGCGGGAAGCUGCGGACACGUUUCUGAGAGUACAGACGAGUACGUCAACCUGACUCUGGUGGUGAAAGGCAAAGAAAGUCUUGACGAUAGUCUGGCAGAGUACACCAGUGGAUCUGCUCUCGAAGGGAGCGACAAGUUCAGGUGCACCACCUGUGAUUCAGGCGAAGGCCUCUCCGUCGAUGCUGUCAGAAGAACUGGCUUAGAGCACAUUCCCGACAAUCUAGUAUUAGGCUUGAGGAGGUUUCGCUAUGAGACCUACGAUGGAGGUCAAAAGGUCAACGACAGGUUUGGAUUCCCUGAACGCAUUGACAUGAGCAAAUACAAGCUUCAUCGCCUCGCUGGUCACGAAGGCUCCCGCGAAUCCGACGAGUUUCGACUGGUCGGUGUGGUAGUGCAUCAGGGAAUCUUGAACUUUGGUCAUUAUUGGUCAUACGCCGCAGAACGUGGGUGCGCCGGCUCUGGACCCUUGCGCUGGUACAGAUUUGAGGACAAACUCGUCAGACCGUCGAGCAUCGAGGAAGUCGUGAAUGAGACACGUGGUGGGUACGAGACUACAAGGACAGGCAUCUUGGGCGGCAUGAGCCAAUCACUUCGGUCAGACAAUGCGUUUGUUCUCUUCUACCAGCGUUCCUCGGCCAUCACCCAAUCGGCAAAAUGUCUUGGUACCUUAUCUCCCCAUGCAGUGCAAGCCAAAGUCAGCUUGCCAGAAGAAAUCGACACGAAGAUUGUCAAGAACAACGAGCUGAAGAUGUUGAUUCAAAACAUCUCUUCUCCGAGCCAUCUCGAGUUCAUUCAUACUUUGGCUGGCAGACUCAAGACCCUUCAAAACAUCGACGCUGUCCUCAACUUCAGGAUUAUGUCUAUGCUCAUGAAAUACCUCACCCGUAUCAUUGCGAACUUCGCAAACGACUACGCUCCAGAUUCCGUUGAUCUUCACGUGGCUUUACUCAAGAAGACCGCAUGUGAAGAGAGAAGCAUCACGACAUGGACUCUACAAACUUUAAUCCCUCCGAGAGAGGGGAAUAAUAUCUCCACAAGCCUUGUCUUGCAUCGAAGACACAAGACUCGUGGUGCCAUCGGUCAACUGUUGUUGGCUUGCUUGAGAUAUCUGCAUGAUUCUCAUCCCCAGUACUAUGGUCUGGAGAAAGGUCAGAAUGGCAAAGUCAUGGAAAACACCAUUCUUGGCGUGAUCGAUGUUCGGAAUCUUCUGUUCGAUCGAAGUUAUGCGACGUGGCGCGAGUACUUUGAGCUUGUGCGCGGAGUCGCCGAGCUGGGUCUCGAGGAAACCAAUGUCUUGCUCGAACAGGGUGUUCUCGAGUGGUGUUUCGAGGUUCUCCUCCUCAAUGGGGACACGGUUCUUCAGAUGAAACACGCCGACGUUGUGCGAUACAGCAACGACGGCCGUUGGUCGGUGAAUUACCCUGCAAUUGUCAAUUGUAUCCACGGCCUGCUAUUUCGUUUCGUUGACCUUUGCGGAUCAGCUGCCCCAAGCGAUAGAGCUCGAGUGAAUGAUUCGCAGACGUUGUUGUUAUUGACAGACUAUGAGCAAAGCUUCCUGUCUAGACGCAGCGAAACAGGCUGCAACUUUCUUGUAGAGAUAUGUAUGCAAGGACUGUCGCGCCCACGCGAAUACAGUUGGCAGAGAUGGCCGCCAACCAAGCUCACCGUGCUUCUCGCCAACGCUGAGAGAGUGCCGCCUCAAAUCUAUGACGACUCAGUCAAGGCUAUGAUCAUCAAUCUCUGCACUACUACCGCCUCUGAUACGGUUGCAGAGUCGGUCUGCCUGUCCUUGCUCGACCGAAAGAUGAAAUCGGCUACCGAAGAGGACAUAUUCUUAGAGAUGGGCAGAAUCCUCACCCACCUGAAACCACCGGCAGCACCUGAUUUGCGAUGGAUCUUGGCCCAGGUCUAUAAGUUCCAACCAUUAAUGGUCAUGCAUCACCUUGCCGAGCUCACUUUCAAAUUGCUAGUCUGCGAUCUCCCAGGCGUCGAAGAGAACACCAGAGUUUGGUUGAAGAGCUGCGUUCUUCAGACUGGACUGACCAAGCCGUACGCACUGAACGAUGUUUCGAUGCUUCACCGCAAGGUUAUGGCAAUCAAGGAUUUGUACAACAUGUUGGCCCAUGAUUUAAACGCUGCCUUGAACAGGAACCAAUUAUGUAUUGCAUAUAAGCACUCCAUCGAUGCAUACAAGGACUGUAACUCGUACUUGCGUCAGAUCUCGACGACGCUCGAGACAGAGCUGGAAGAGUGGCUGAAGAGUGACCCACCCGAGACCGAAGACGCAGCAGAGCUUGAGACGGCCGUUCAGACCCUGUGUGACAACAUUGGCGACAUCGACCGUCUCAUAGACACUCAUACAGACUUUGUCAUCAAUCUGCGCGAUUGGCAGGGAGAUGAUUCGGACCCAUACUCAAGUAUGAUUCAGGUUGACGAUGAAUCAGACAACGAGUUGGUGACCGACGAGUCGCUGAGUGAGGUGGCAGAGUUCGAAGAUAGCUAGGUGCCACCAAUGAAUGUGCUAUUCAAGCCUGAUGGGCAGACACUUGUAGUAUCAAGUAACGAAGAGCAAGAACAAAAACGAAUGUACGAUACACGACCAACGGUUAGGGAAAAAAGGAAAAGGCAAGAUGAAAGCGCGGCGUUAUACGGAGAGUUGUUUCAAGGCACUAGCGAAAGCGAGGAUUUGCUGCAUAGCGGGAUCAAGGAAAAUCAAUACUGGGGUAUCAUGGGCGGCGUUUUUCUGGGUUUUUUUCUGCGCUCGCCUUUUUAAUGACGAUACUAGGCGGCGACUAUGACUAUUAUGGGGAAAAAAAGGAGUUCUGGGAUACCAAGAUGGCGCAAUCGCUAUACAAGAGGUUGCUUUACUUCAACUAGACGGACAUUGUCUUAUGCUCGAGGCGCGAGAUUAAUGCUCAUCUUUUGUUCUGUCACG